CGCAGUUCAAAGUCUGAAUCAGUCCGUUUUCUCAUUUUUCAGUCAAAGGAGGACACAGCGACAGAGCUUUGGGCAGGAAGGGGCAAAUCAGAGUCUACUCCCGCUCUAGGAUAAUCUAGGAUAAACUUCCCACGGCUUGAAACAGUGUCGUGAACACCCAGAAAACUGAGAGGGAAAAGGUAUUAUUUUUGGCUGAAGGUCUUUAUGGCUGAUGCAGGAACUCUCUCAUUAGUUACUCAUUGCCUCGGCAAAUCUCAUAAAACGGAAAGCCCGGCAAAUACUUUUCUUCAGUAUUCUGGGAGCACAGAAAUCCAGGGACUGAACGAGGCCUUGAACCCAUUUUAUGGACUCGCUUCUUACUGAGCUACCAUAAAAUAUUAAAAUUCAGACCUUAUAAAUAAGGAAGGGAAAGAGCUGUGCAUUUCUUAGCAGAAACAGCCUCUCCAGGGACUCUCACCAAGACGCCAGCUGGGCUCCUCCGAGAUGGCGCCGCGGAGCAGCCUCGCCGUCCCCUCUGAAGUGCCGGUCCUUGCCGUCUGCUUUUUGGCAUGCGUAGCCACAGGUUUGGAACUGUCUGUAAAUAACCACGUUGCUGAUUUCUCCCUGUCUACAACGCUUGGCCCUCCCGUCUCCCUCUCCUGCCUCGUGCAGAACAGCAGCCAGGCCGAGGAGCUGCUCUGGUACCGAGGAGACGGGCAAGUGGAUCUGAAAGAUGGGAAUAAAGUGAACGUCAGUAACAUCUGCGUAUCCCCAGUCACUGAGUCCGACAAUGGAGUCACCUUCACGUGCAAGCUGGCACGGGACAAGUCUGUCCAGGUGUCUGUGCUGCUGGAUGUCCAGUUUCCUCCCCAGCUCUCUGGAGAAGAGUCCCUCCGAACUGAAGAAGAGAAAGACGUCACUAUGUCCUGCAACGCCAAAUCCAACCCUCAGGCCCAAACAGCUUGGUAUAAGAACAACAACUCCUUGACCCUAGAGCAAAACCGUUACCAGCUGUACCAGACCAGCGAGGUCUUUCAGCUCUCGAUCAUAAAAGUACAGAAGUCUGACAACGGCACCUACACCUGCGUGGUGAAAUCUCCUCUGGGAGAGGGGAGAAAGGAUUUCCACCUGAUCGUUGAAGAUAAAAAACCCGUUUUUCCCAUGGAGGCCGUUAUUGCUGCUGUCGUGGUGGUUACGGUCACGGUACUUUUUGGAAUUGUGGCUCGAAGAGAUAAAAUUUUUAAGUGCUUCAAAAAAUCAAGUGAAACAGCGCUGUAAAGACCACAAGGUUCCUGCGCAUACCCAGAAAACGCCAUUUCCACUGGUAGAACAUAAGCCCUUGUGUGAGAUUAUGAGAUAAAGCACUGAAACAA